CCCAAGGCAGGCAAGCUGUAAAUCUCAGCAGCUGCCCAGAGGAGGAAGGGAGUUAAAAAGGCAGGCCAUAAGCUUGCAUGGAGGUCAGACUCAAGGAGGACAAGUAGGCACAUGGCAGGGAGGAGACCUUUAGAGAAAGAGUACAGAAACCCAAAAUGUUGGGGAAGCCCGAAGUGUUAGGGAAAGAAUGCUUAGAAAUGAGAAAAAAAGAAGAAAGGUGAGGUUACACUUCUGAAGAAUUCAGAAAAUUGGGCGGACUUACACAGCUACAUGUCUACAGCCAGAUAUGUCACUGUACUAGCGGCAGGGAUUCCAGACAGGAAAAGUACAUGACCUCUUGAAGCACUGCUUAUUCUGCCAGUCUUUCUAGCGUGGCUUAUAUGUCAACCCACCUUCCUCAGUCCCAAGAGGCUCUCACUAUGUGGCCCUAGCUGACCUUGAACUUGCUAUGUAGACCAAGCUGGCCUCAGCUCAGGUCUGCCCAGGGCUAAAUGUGGGUACCACCUCACCAGGCUGGAAGGUAUUUAAUCUGAGAUGUGUUUGCUAUUGCUUUGGUUUUGUUUUUGUUUUGUUAUGGGGUAGAAGCCAGGGCCUUAAACCUGCUAGGCAAGUGUUCUACCACAGACUGACUUUCACCAGCCCAGAACUGAAGCACCAGUCCCCACGUCAUUUCACAUUGGUGUCUAAUCAAAGCUUAAAAGACUUGCUGUCACACUUUGCCUCCAUGAAGGCAAAGCGCAACUUUAGGCUGCUUUUAAAAUUUCGUUUGUAACACUUGGCCAAACCAAUUUUCUCGUGGCUUUCCUGUCGUUGGCUUAGAGCUUAAUGUUAUUGGAGAUGCUGAAUGUUCUUCCUUCCUGCAAUGCCACUGUUGCAUAAUCUAUGCAAUCUUCUCAACAUCAGUCUUCUGUCCUCCCCAGCCGUGUGCUGAUUUGACCCUUGAUUUCCUUUCAAGCAUCUUAACUCUCUUUUCAUCCAUCCGUUUAUACAGGGAGUGGUCAACAACAGCAGUACUUUGGAUUUUGAAUGAGUGAAUUUCUUAAGCAUGUAGCAAGCAAAAGUAAAAGUAACUGGGGCUGGUGGCACUGGAAUUGGGAGUCUCGUGUCCGCGGUGCGGUUACCCGCAGUUGGACCGUUGAGCAGUCGGUGACUGGGCCUCAGCGCAGAGCGCACCCAGUCUUCAGCCGCCGCCACCGCAGCAGUAGCUGCAGCCCCAGCAGCAGCAGUCAGGCACCCACGGUCACAGUCCCUGCGCUGGUGCAGCCUCCCUCGCCUGCUCUGCUCUUCCUCCCAUUGCUCGCACCAUGGCUGAUCAGCUGACUGAAGAGCAGAUUGAAGAAUUCAAGGUAGCUUUCUCCAUAUUUGACAAAGAUGGUGAUGGUACCAUCACAACAAAGGAACUUGGGAUUGUCCUGAAGUCACUGGGUCAAAACCCAACAGAAGCUGAGUUGCAGGAUAUGAUCGACGAAGUGGAUGCUGAUGGGAAGGGCACCAUUGACUUCCCAGAAUUCUUGACUAUGAUGGCUAGAGAAAUGAAAGUUACAUAUAGCGAAGAAGAAAUCCGGGAGGCCUUCCGAGUGUUUGACAGGGAUGAAAAUGGUUUCAUCAGUGGGACAGAACUAUAUCACAUCAUAACAGUCUUAGGAGAAAAAAUAACAGAGGAAGAAGUCAAUGAAGCAAUCCAAGAAGCAGAUAUUGAUGGAGACGGACUAGUCAGCUAUGAAGAAUUCAUACAGAUGAUGAUUGCAAAAUGAAGACCUACUUUUCAACUACUCUUCCCCCUCCAGAAGAAUCGAAUUGAAUCUCUUACUUACUGCUUCCAAAAAAUAAAUUUAAAAAAGGAAAAGCAAAGAGAGAAAAAACAGUUCAUUUAUUCAUUGUUUCUAUAUAGCAAAACUGAAUGUUAAAAAGUACCUUCUGUUCACACACAAAAUCUGUAUGUAUUGGCUGGUGGUCCUGUCCCCUAAACAUCAAGCUCUACAUCAGUU